UACACAUUAAACCUUGCCUUUCACUAAAUUAUCAUACACAUUAGUUAUCAAUCAUUUUCUACAUUAUCAACGCCUCAACAUUUACGAAAGGGUUUGAAAACUAAUUAAAUCAAAGAUGCCUCAAAGGAGCUAAGUUAGAGUUAUUACAGACCAGGGGAGUUAGGAUAUCAUCAAGCAACUUUCAUUUAAUUUCACAGUUUUUAUUGUCCUUUAACAGGUAAAAUGAAUGGAAUACAAACAAUAAUGAGAGCUUUUGUUGUGGUAGCUAUAUCAACAUGGUUAGUCAUCCUUAAACCAACAUUUGCGGCGUCAGAUCUAAGUUUCGAUGCAACAAAUCCGGCGGCGACAACGUAUUCGAAGCUAUUGAGCGACUUGCGUAACUUGGUGAAGGACCCAAAACUCAAAUACGGCGGCACCAACGUACCAGUAAUGGCUGCUACUUUCAAAAAGAAGUACAUUUUGGUUGAUCUUAAGGGAUCAGAGGGAGGAACCAUCACAAUAGCUUUGAAUUUAAAUAAUGAUAUAUAUGUGGUUGGAUAUCUUGACAAACUUAAUGGAAACUUUAGGUCACAUAUUUUUAAAGAUGCUCCUUCGGACGCAAAAACCGAUCUCUUUCCAGAGGCAACGGGUAAAAAUCGUCUAACAAUUAACUACAAAAGUUCAUAUGCUGAUAUAGAGAGUAAUGCUGGCGUAUCGAGUCGGGCUAGAGUGGGAUUGGGAGUUAAACCGCUGAACAAGUUCAUCAACGAUGUCUACGGAAAGGCGCUUGUUGUCAAGAAUGAAGCUCAGUUUAUGCUUGUUGUUAUUCAAAUGGUUUCAGAAGCAACACGUUUCAAAUAUAUCGAAUCCAUGAUUUUGGAGAAAUUUGCGGAUUCUUAUAACCCCGAUCCAAAAGCAAUGCGAUUGGAGAUUCGUUGGAGUAAGAUUAGUAAAGGUAUUAAGGAUUCUAAGAAGGGAGUAAUCUCACCGGAGCUCGAUUUAAAGGAUGUGAAUGAUAAGGAUUGGAAAGUGACUAAAGUCGAAGACAUAGUUAAUGAUAUGGCACUCCUUAAAAAUUUUGGAAGUAGCAGCCAAGUAUCUGUAUUUACUAAGUUGAAGCUGUUUAUGACCAAGUUUUUAAUAACCAAUAUUGGUGAAGAUCAAGCUGCUGACUUGUGAAGUUCUAUUUAAGACGUGCAUAAAUCAUGUAAUAAUGUUAAGUAACAGAAUGUUUGGUAAGCCGUCAUAUCGACGUGUGUAAUGUAUGAAAUUUGCUUAUGUUUAAUUUCCAUUUCCCAAAUGAAAUAAAGCACAAUUUAUGUUUGAUUUGUUAUUAUUA